UCGAGCCGCCUGUCAAUUUGUUUCUCCAUCAGUCCAGUCGAAGAAUUAAAAUAUUUAUUAUUUACAGAGAAUUCCUGUAGUAGUCUUUAUCAGAAGUAGACCGGUGCGGUCCUUUAUAAAGGUUGACCUGAUUUUCAGAGUUACAGACUUCGUUUCCGUAAUAUUUAACAAUGUCUUCCUUCAUUGACAUGAGUUUAGAAGAUAUCAUCCAAAAACGACGGAAAGAAAAUAAAAGAUCUAAAAUCAAGCCUCAAAAUGGUAAUUUCAAAAGUCAAGCCAAGCCAACUACUCAAAAAAAGAUUCCGAUUGUAGACGCCAGAAAUAAAAUUAUUUCGAAAAAGCGUAUACAAAUAACAGAUGCACGUGAAAAAUUAGCUGAACUAGCCAAACAUAAGGAUGCACGUCUGAAGCUCGAACAAAUGAGAAAACAGAGGAGUGCAAAAUUGCAACUAAAGGAUAGAAAUAUUUUCAAUAGAAAUCAACUGCCCUUUAUGAGAACUGUGCAGAACAAGGAAAGAGUAUUUCUAGACCCCUCAAGGCAAGUCCGUUCUCAGCCCCUCCACAGGGCUAAGAUGCCGUUAAAUCGGCAGCUCACCACUAACAAAAGAAAUAUAGAGACCAGAUCUUUUGAAAAUAGGUCUAUUGGUCUUAAAACAAACAAGUUCUCAGUCAAUGUAUCAAAUUGGAAACAAAAUAAAAAUACUGGAAUCACCAGGAAUGCACCAUUGAAGCCAAUAGUAAGAACUGUCGAAAAUGACAUUGAAAUUUACGACGAACCCAUGGAAAGUGACAUUGAAAUGGAGCCUCGGGUGUCUCUGAACCGUAAAGCCAGUCUCCAACUGAAGAUCAUAGCACACAACAAUGAGCCACGGGAGAGUAGAAGUUCUGCACACAGGAGUGCACCGGUAGAACGCGAUGUCAGUCCACCUAGACCGCCCUCGAUACUAAAGAAGCGCCCGAUGGCCGCGCUGAGAACCGAGAAGAAAGUCGAGAGGCCAGAGAAACCGAACACGGAGUACAGGAUCAUCGUCAGCAGCUUGGGCAGCACUGUCACCGCUGGGGAUAUUGAGGAAUUGUUUGGUGACGUUGGCGGCAUGAUCGAGUCCCGCCUUGUGCGCCCGGGCACUGCUGAAGUGAUCUACAAGACCCUUGAGGACGCGCAGCGAGCGGUCGACCUCUACCACAAACGGCAGCUGGACGGGCAGCCGAUGAACUGCUUGCUUGUCACUCCGCGCACUAACGCAGCUCCCGCGAGGAGUGGAAACAAACCCGGAUUAUACAGCACCAAUUCAAAUGUAGAACCCGAUCUGUCCACUUUCCACAAAGUGUUAUUCAGCAAUUUGUAAGUAAAUAAUAUACAUGAAAUGAUUGUCUGAGCAAUUAAGCAUUUGGGAGAAGUAGUUAAACAUUAUUUUCUAUGUUUGUGUUAACAUCUAGUUAUCAACAUAUUUUGUGUGCAUUAUGGUAAUUCAAGUUUAUGAUAUUAAAGCAAACUGAGUAUC